CGUUUGACAAGUAUUUCAUUUGACUGUAUGGAUAUCGCUAAUGUUUAGAUUUUUUUUAUAAUUUCUUUAUUUUAGUCGGUUUCCUGUUUUGUACUGAUGAUAUGACAAUAAUUGAGGCUAUACGCCUCUAUAAAAAUGGUUUUAAAUGCCGCUGUGCAGUUAUUAAGAGAGGCAGAGGAAUUGAAACAGAAGAUUUUAAAAUUCAAUAGUUGCAUUUCUAUGCUUCAGGAUAGAAGUUUAUGGGUAACACAGCAACAGUUACAGAAGGUGUACCAGAAAGUUUUGGUACUGGAUCUUGAUUAUGCUCUAGAGAAGAAAGUGGAACAAGAUCUAUGGAAUGUUGGGUUCAAGCAGCAGAUUGAGGCUUUGCAGGCCAUUUCCAAAGAUAGAAAGAGUGUCCUCAGAAGUGAAGCUCAAGGUAUGCUGUCAUGGGUGCUGCAGGCUGCCGCCGGGUUCUACCUAUGCCUCUUGCAUCAAAUCUGCACAACAUUUAAACUAGAUCUACCAUUUAGACGUAGGGCGUCCCUUCUUGGCUCGGUUGAAGGGUGGGAGGCCGGUGGGUGUCCAGAACCCGUUCGAGCCGGUGCUGGAGCUGCCCGGUAUGCAUGCCAGCACUGUCUCGUACACCUCGGGGACCUCGCCCGUUACAGACACCAGCUGAAAGUCGCACACACCUUUUACAGGCAUGCCCUAGCGGUGUCUGUGCAUUCAGGGCAGCCAUACAAUCAGUUGGCGCUGGUCGCUUGGCGUCGUGGCCGCCGUCUGGCCGCCCUCUACUGGCACGUCCGGUCGCUGCUGGUCCGAGCACCCUUCCCUCCCGCCCCCGCGAACCUCACCCGGACCCUGGCGGCCGCGGGUCGUGACGUCAAGGAGACGCCGCUGCCCGUGCUGCCGGGGCUGUCCGGUGUGGAGGGGCACGCCACCAGCGCACCUUCAAAGGCAACUGUAACUGAAAAACUCGACUCGCACUCCUAUGUGAAUGAACUAGUACGAGCACUCCACUACCUGCACAGCUUGGAACACCUCGACACGGCCGAAGAGCUGGUUGGGAAGCUGAACUCGUCCCUGACACACCUCGUGGCCACUGACAGCUUCGAUUCCAUGACUCUGGUUAAGAUGGCGUGCGUCACAAUCUGGCUGGUUCACUCCAGUACGGAGGACCUUUCGGUGGAGCCGUCGUCCAUGAGCGAGUCGGAAGGUCGGGCCGCAGUGCUGGCGUGCUCGCUGGCCGCUCACAGCGUGCUGGCACUGCUGCUGGCAGCACACACUGGGGACACGCCCAACAAGGGCUUGCCGGCAUUGCGUGUGUGGCUUCAGUGGUCGUGGUGUCGGCCCGCGGCGCUCCGGUCGCAUGCUUGGGGCUCCAGACCUCACAUGUGGGCAGCGCUCGCACACGCACUCAACAACAUGGGAGACGCCCUCGAAGACCCCGCCUAUGAGACCCUCCCUCUGCCGGAGGAUGAAGAGUUACACGGCUUCUUACCGCUGGAGGAGGCUUUGAAGGGACUCAAGUUUCCAAACCACUGCGGCUGGGACUCCAACAAACUGCCUCAAGAGGAACCCGAAGAAGACACGGCGUCCAGUGUAUCAGCGUCGUGGGGGUCGUCGUACCUGGCGCUGGUCAGCGACACCGAGCUGCAGGCCCGCGUGAGGACGGCGCGGCUGAGACGACUCGGGGAGAAACUGGCGGAGCAGCACCCGGGACUACUCACCUGCGAUACUGACGAAGACGGAGUGAUGACAUUUUCCACGAGCGAGUCUAGUAAGGAGCAGCUGUCCUUGGUGUUGGCGACCCUGACCCCGCCCUCCGCCCCGCCCACAGAGCCUAAGACCCCACCUCCGGCACCCCCACCACCACCACUCAUCAUAUCAGAGGCUGACUUUCGAGAGAAAGUACGAGAAAAACGCGCUGGCAUUCUCAAGCCGCAGGGGUCGCUGGAGCGCGCGAGGGAGGAGAGACGAGCCGCGCCCGCCGCUGAGGAUCAGGACGGCGAGGAGUGUGAGGAGGGAAGUAAGAACGAGGACAAGAAGGAGGCUCGCAAACCACGAGUCAACAUCGCCAUGGCGGCCAUCAUGAGGAAACAGGAGGAGAGCAACAAACAGGUUAAAUUUGUAACUCCACCCCCCACGCCGGAGACCACAGAUGAAGCGAGCGAGAGUUCGUCGAAGGACGAGAAAACCAAAGUCAUUCAACCGAAGGCCAUUAAAUCAUUAGCAAAUUUACCGGUGGGAAGAAAAACGGGGGGAAUUCUCUCGUUGAAAGAUAAGUCGGCCGGAUAUCCGCAUCUCCAGAAUACGGAAACGGAAACGAAGAAACCGGAACAGGAGAAGAUGAACGAAGAGAAGUCUGCCCAAAACAGUUCCGUCUCGCAGAGUUACCAUCAACGCGAUCAAGGUACCAACUGGCCGACGAUGCCGGCGCCCUACGGUGACAAUAAUAAGAUGAACUUCCAAAAGAAUUACGGAAUACAAAACAGCGGGAUAAGUUACAACCCCAACUACCAACCUCCCCCCAACACUCAGGGGAUACGACUACCUGUUGUCAACCCCAAGGAGAUCGACGUCAGGACGGCGGCGCUUCAGAAACAGAACUCUCGCCAGGAAAUAUUCCAGGAGGCCAACAAAUUCAAUCACGGAUACCAAAUAUCGGGGGACAAAAAGAAUUUCCUCAACGACCUGCCGCCGAGAUUCGCGAAUCAGUACCGCUACUGGCAGAGUCCGCAGGAAAACCAGUUCAACGACAACAAGUUCCGGGACGACAGCAACAAACUCACCGCGCCCUUCACGGCACAACCUCCGAGACAAAAUUGGCCGAACCAGAGUGAAAACUUCCAACAGGGGAUUCCCUGGUGGAAACCUGAUACCCGCACCAAUUUCAAUCAGCCUAACUUCUCCACCACACCCAUGAAUGUACCAAACUUCUAUUCUCAAAUGUCCGGGAACGUGCCUAAUAUUUAUCCAAAUUUACAAUACAGCCAGAUGCAAGGACAGAAUAUUGGCCAAAACAUGCCAACCGUGGGCCAGAAUUUGGCAAAUAUAGGACGAAAUAAACAGGAUAGUUUGGCGCCGUCGUUCGGUCAGUCGGCCGUCGGUCAGCCGCAGCUCCAGACCCUGGCGAGCAUGGUGUCGUCUCCCGGCUACGGCUCGGCCUUGAACAGCUUCACCCCCUACCCGGCGGCCGUCAGCUACGACUCUUCCUUGUAUCCUCAGUUCAACAAACUCGGCUACCAGCCCCUGCAGCUGAACAAACAGAACUUCCAAGGGAAGGAGUCGGAGCCCGGAGUCAGCUUCGGCAGCAACGUGCUGGACGUACAGCAUAUGAAUUAUAACGAACCGUUCGUCGCCGACGGAGCCAACGACGCCUCGGAAGACGCGGCGGGCGCUCAGUCGGAGGCCGGCGUCUCCAACACAUACUCGCUGUUCCGACAAGACGCGCACGCCUGGCCGCCCUCCACACAUCAGUCGCUGUGGUCGGGGCCGGGCGGGUCUCCGCUGGAGCGUCUCCUCGAGCAACAGAAGCAGAUGAAGCCGCCGUCGACGCACUGAUCGCCGCCUCGCUCCGAGUGCGUCAUAAAAUCCUCUGUGCUAUUGUAUUAUAUUUCCGUGACGUCACGGACCCUGCGCAUUAAUUUAAUUGAUGUCCGCGACUGUCCGAGAUCACAAACUUUCUACUCAACCAAACAUUAAUGGUCGCUCGUCAGACGCUAGGUUCGGAGUCCAAGCCGCCUGCCGACGAUUCUUCCCGAUGUAUCUGUUAAGUACAACUCUUGUUUGUAUAUAGUGAGCGUGGCCGAGCGCUCGCGGCUUGCGAUCUUCGCUCGAAAUUCGUAAUUAAAGUUUUAAUAAAUG